UUCCACGAGUGUUGAUAAAGAGUUUAAAGGGACUUUUAUAAAUGUAUCACUCUGCUAGGAGUUCUAAUAACCAUUAAUGUUAUUAACGGUCUUUAUGUAGCUUAGAUUGAAACAAACUAUGCACCGCAAAGAUUAACAUAUUUCCAGAUAUAACAUUUGGGUUGAAGUUUUUUUAUGUGUUGCUUGGCAACAGGUAAUUCCCAGUCCAGUUGCGGAUCUAUUUGUGCUGCUGGAGCCAAAUAAAUCCUUAAAUAAACAAACAAACGGCUGUGAUUAUCAUGGGCACUCGGCCUACGGCCUCGUACCUACGACCAGCCGUGCUGAUAAUCAGUACAACAGCACUCCCUCUCGUGUGAUAUUGCUUAAAUAAUAGGCUUAAUGGGGGAAAAAAACAUAGUAUUCCUACCACCUUGAUCAGGUGACCUUCCUCAGGUCGGUCUCCAGGCUAGGAAUACAAUGCUUCUUUGUUAGAGGGGGGGGGGGGGGGUGCACCCCCACCUUUCAGUGGAUGAUUAACUAGUUUCAGAGGAUAAAACGGUUGGUGGACUUCAAGGUCAGCCAACAAAGCCUUCUUUACAUACAAUACGUCAUAGGGUCGAAGAGGUGUCGCUGAAGGUUUUUAUUUCUAGAGAGAGAGAGGCGUGGCAAUCAGAACCAUAAAGAAAUGCCUCUGCGUGACACCCGAGCUACCGAACCUUCAGUAGAAGAGAGAGAAGCAUCCAUGAAGGAACCGACAAUGAUAGACAGUGCUGGCCUACAUAUCCCUACAUGUAAAGGAUGCCUCGGACCGCUUCAUUUCCAGAGCAGUGAUGGCUCUAAGCUGUCGCUCAAGGCGGGCUGCCGGUACGCAGAGAGACAAAAGGAUACCUUCCAGAACGCCCUGGCCUUCAGCAACCGACCAAUCGCCAUAGAGGAGAGAAUCCACGUCCGCGUGGAGAGAUGUGACCAGCACUGGCAAGGCGCCCUGCGGUUGGGCUUCACCGCCAUAUCUCCGUCGUUGUUUGCUUGGGACGACAAACUCAGCAUAGCCAAUCCGGACGGCCCUCGCACCGGCCUCGGUUACUGGGCGCGUCAGCUGCCUACCUGUCACACGUUGCCAGGGGCCGAGCUGUGCUUCUGGGUCAACUCCCGGGGCGUGUUAAUGUACAGGGGACCAGACCAUGUCAAAAAAGAGCUUUUCGUCGGCGUAGACUUGGGACGACCUCUCUGGGCCAUGGUCGACCUGUACGGCCAGACCAGGGCGGUGCGUAUGUUGGGGUCCAAAAAGAAAAAAAUAGGAUUUAGGACAAAGAAAUCCUGCCCGGCAACCCCUCCCCCGGCUCCCACGGACGGAGACAGCUGCCUGUGUGUGGACCGAGGGCAGCCGUGUAAAAGGCCUCGCCAGUCGCCCUCAACGUACACACAGCCACCAAACAGCCCCGACUCAACUUCACCCGAGGUUUGUGUGGUGUGUCUCGAGGAUUGUGCAGCAAGCGUGACUCUUGUGUGUGGUCACCGGUGCCUCUGUUCCAGCUGUGCCAAUCGGAUUAGAGCAGAGUUUGGGACGUGCCCAAUCUGCCGCCAGUCCAUAUGAACUACAUGUCAACAAGAGACUGCAAGGCUUUAGUCCCCAAAGAAGAUAAUGCAGAACACAAUCUUGUUAAAUGGAGUUUAAUUUCAAACAGACUCACUUGUUGCAGUCGGAUCUAAGGUUCUUGUCGUCAUUUUGUAAAUAUCUCUAGGCCUACAUAAUUAAUCAUUGUAAAAUACAUUUGGGUUAAAACAUGCAAUUAGUUUUGCAGGAAGGGUAAAAGUAGGAUUUGAUAUGCUGAAAGAACUUUGGGAGCAUUGAAGAGCAUUGACCAUCUGUGUGCUACUCAUCAGGGAAAUCAAUAAUGUUUAGGAUAUAUAUGCACCAAAAAACAUUAUGUUGAUGAGGAUGUUUGAUAUCUAGGCCUAUGUAUAUAUAUAUUUCUCAAAAUGUAUUGUUAUUAUUUUUUUUGAUAUUAAUAUUAUUGAAAUGUUGCAUUCAUUUCAAAUGACUAAUUCAUAAAAAUGCAUAUUAAAAUAUAUAAUAUGU